CCAGGGGGAGGCAGCUCUGCAGCAUGCUCAGCCCUGACAGCUCAGCCCUGUCUCUGGGAAGACAGCAGCUCUGCAGCCAGUAAGACAGUGAGGUGUGUACUGGAGAAGGAGGAGGAGGAGGACUACAGACAGCAUUGUGUCAGCUGCAGUGCACCACUGUCUGGAGAACAGCCAGCAGCCCAGGGUGUAAGGGUGUAAGGGUGAGCACCGCUGAAACCAUGGGACCCCUAAAAGACAGCAAGAAAAUGCAAGACAAAGAGAUCGCCCGCAGCCGCAUUCCCCGCUUGGUUCUGCGACCUUACUUGCCAAAGCAGAAAGUUUCGCCAUCUUCUGAAUCCCCUUUCUCUGAAGAGGAAAGCAAAGACUUUAACCUGACCUCAAGUCGAUCUGCAAGGACCAUAAGUAGCAACAGUUUCUGCUCAGAUGAUACCGGGUGCCCCAGUAGCCAGUCUGUGUCCCCAGUCAAGACUCCUUCUGAUGCCGGUAUGAGCCCCAUGGGAUUCUGCACGGGAAGUGAGGAUGACUACAGUCGUAAGAGAGUCAGUGUCGGCACUUUUGCAAAUGGCAACGUUCAGCCGGCCCGAUACAAGAAAGACCUGAAGAGCGGCCUUCUGAAGACGGGAAGUGAAGCGGACUUCAGUUCAUCUAGCAGCACCGGCAGCAUAUCUGCGCCAGAGGUUCAUGUAAACGCUGUGUCAGGAGGCAAGAAGACAUCAUUCUCACGCAAGCUGCCUUACCGUACAGAGCCUCAGAAACGUGUCUCCAGGAUUACAACCGAGAGAUGUACCGCGUGCAUGUGCUAUCAUGUGUUUCGAGAAAACAGUGUGCGUAAUUGGAAGGACCACUGUUCACAAAAAACACGCCGUGUAUCCCAUGGACGAAGUCAUACAUGCUCCUCAAAGCCUGUGCACAGUCCCCCUGCCUCCCGCGAGAAGGAUCUCUUUGCAGUGUUGUGUAGAAAUCAGACCAGUCCCAUAAAUGUUCAUGAUGCCUAUGGAGUCUCCUCUCCUAGCAGCAGUAACUCUGGAUCCUACAAGGGCAGUGACACCAGCCCUACUCUACGACGUACUAUGAGAUAUGCAUCAUGUGGUGAUAACCACGGCAUCAAGCCACCGUCUCCCGAACAAUAUCUGACCCCGCUUCAGCAGAAGGAAGUCUCCAUACGACACCUGAAGGCAAAGUUAAAGGAGUCGCAGAGCACUUUGGAGGACAGGGAAUCAGAAAUAGAAGACUUGAAAUCUCAGCUUGCUCGUAUGAGAGAAGACUGGAUUGAAGAGGAAUGUCAUCGUGUGGAGGCCCAGCUUGCUUUAAAAGAAGCCCGAAAGGAAAUCCGGCAACUAAAGCAGUUCAUUGAGACCAUGAAAAACAGUCUGGCUGAGAAGGAUAAAGGAAUUCAGAAAUAUUUUAUAGACAUUAAUAUUCAGAACCGGAAGCUGGAGACCCUGCUACACAGCAUGGAGUUGGCUCAAGAUGGGGCGUUUAGAGAGGAGUCAUGUUUGGAAUACAUAUGUAACUCACCAGGGGUGUCUCUUACAGAAAGCGCCAUUUACGAUAAAAUUUCAGAUGGACUUCUCAUGGAAGACCAAGCAAUGGAAGAAUUGGUAGAUUGUGAACUUCUUCUAAAUGAUGAUCUGGCAAACAGAGACUCUUUGUAUGAUGAUGGCAUCAUGGACACCAUAAGUGAUGGUGGAAGUCUGACAAACUUGAAUCCCACAUUACAGGGCACGGUCGGCUUGGAAAAGGAGAUUGAAAAGUUUAAUUCCAAAUGGGCUCAAGGUUCACAUUGGAUGGAGCAGGCAAUCCAGACCGAUGUGGUUCCUUACAGCCUUGAUCUUGAAAAUCUUUUCCUGAAGAUCUUCAAAUCUCAUAAUGACAAUCUGAUUGGUCGAUCUUCCUCUGUUUUGCAGGGUCUCCAACUCGGAUGUCCUACUAAUGUAAUAGACCUUACCCCCGAUGAUCCAAAUUCUGCCAUCCUUCUAUCCCCAGAUUCCCAUCAUGUUGAUGCCCUUCCAUUUUCCAUGUCAAACCGUGCCAUGAAAGAACUUGACUUUGAUGGACCUUACGUUCAGCUGCCAAGUACAGACACAACGCAGACUUGUGUAGCCAAGAAACACUGGAGUGACCAUCUUUUGACCGACCUCUUGGCUGUGGCGGUGCCUGUAAUUCCUUCUGUUUUAUGGGCAUUCACUACCCAAAGAGGGAACCCUGACCCAGUGUAUAACUUUGGUACAAUGAUGAGGGGUUGUUGCUUGAUGGCUUUACAUUCUCUUCGGAGAACAUCCACCAAUGCUUAUAUUUAGAUCUUGACGUUUUCUAGAACUUUGACUUCUUCUACUGUUGACUGGACACAGUCCUGUCCUACAUGCUUAAAGGGGAAACUGUAUAUGAUCUCCCAUUUUUUUUCUACUCUUAUAAAAUGACCCACUCUGUUCCUUCAUUAAUGUUAUCCAGUGCUUUUGUUUGGAACACUGUUACUUUUUUUUUUGAAUUACUCAGAACAAACAGACCAUUUUUUAAAUAAGCCAAAUAUCUAGCACUAGGAUUUCAAAAAUAUUGAAGGAACAUUGUAAGGCCUUACUCAAAUGAGUGUAUUGUAUCAGGGUUUUGGCUGUUUUUGUAUUCUGGAUGUAAACCUGAAUCCGUUUUGGUUCUGUUAAACUGAGCUUACAGCAGCAUAGGCUCCUAGUUCUUUUCUGUAGGGGAUCUGGGUGCUACAUACUGUUUACAUUUUGUACGAUACGCUCAUGUGAAUAAGGGCCUACUACUUGGUUGCCAUUUCAUACGCAGCACUGCCAGAUUAUAAUCUUCUAGUGUAUCACUUCCCCUUUAAUGUCCCUUGUGAUAAUACAUAAAGCACUUACUGAAUUGAAUGAAUUCAAUUUGGCACUAUUGCACCUAAAAUUCUUUUCAUUUGCACUUUACCACUUAAUUCACUUUUUGUUUCCUAUUAAAUGCAAGUUAAAAAAAAAAAGAGAAAAAUUAUAAGUAAAAUAAUGAAUGGCUUUCCCCCUUCAUAAAUUGCACUAAAAUUGUAAAGGGAAAAAAAAAGUUCUUGAAUGUUACAUUUUCAGAUGUUGCACUUGUACAAUUGACUCUUGCUGCUCCUUAUUGCUGUGCUUUAUUGUGUGAUUUAUUUAUUUUUUCUUCUUGUCCUGCACUAGUUUAACAGCACCUGAGACAUUCACUGACCUUGCCCGUACCCUUGUGCUAUGUAACCAACUUGCUGGUGUAUUUGUAUAUGAAAUGUUUACUAUUCUUUGCAUUCCAGAUAUUCCUAGCUGCUUCGUUCUCAGAUCCAUUUCAUAGAGCCCCGGUUUCUGCUGUAGGUACGCUUGGCUAUCUGUGAAGUAUUUUAUUGUUACCUAUGGUAAUGUAAGUUUUCUUGGUAACUGCAUUGUGUCAGAGCAUGUUGUACUGAGAGUUGUGCCUGUAUUUAAAAGAGGUUAUUGCAAAGUGUUUACAGCGUAACAUAGUAUGACCAGAUUUAUGUAUAGAUCGUGUAUAGUAACUAAGAAAUUCUAUAAGUGGACCAUUCCCAUAUUUAUUUAGUGUAUAUAUUAGGUGUUGUUGUACGCCAACACAGCUUGCCAGAUGUCUGUAUGUACAGAUUCAAUAAAAAAGACCUUCUCUACA